AGCCAGUUGGGCGGGAACUCGCCCUGACACCUCCAGCUAAAUGCCGAUACUUAUAUGUGAAUACGGUGCAGUAGUGUUAUGAGAGCGCGGCCCAAUGCUCCCUCUAUUUCUCUGUCAUCUAUUAUCACUCGUCUGGGUGCGAGUGUCCUGAGCGAUCAUAGCAACCAACCCAACUGACUUCGCAUCGCCUGUCUGCCCACCAUGAGCAACCGAAGCCCUGUUCUACGCCGUGCAGAUGUGAGCUUUCCUGUACCACCAGAGUCUCCCGAUUGCGUUGCAGCAACCGAUCAUUCUGCACGGCCAAGUUCCUCCAGCAGCGAUGCUUCCUCGACUUCCUCCAAUGUCGCCUCCCUCAGCAGACCCAAGCGCGCCCUAUACCGUGUGAAACCUCAGGUGUCUAGCCCUCGAAUACCGUCAGCAAGCACCAAUAACAGCAACGCUUCUCUCCCAAAUUUUUCGCGUCCGUCAGCGCCUCAGAUGCCACCAAACAAUCCCUUAGCCCAUAAAGCGCUACCUCUGCCUCCGCCUCAGGAACUCCAAAAACACAGACCUCGUCAGCACUCACAGGGGUUUUUUGAACCAUCUCUUCCCACCGCCUCAUUAUCCGAACAAACUCCCGUUACUAUGACGAACUUAUCCGCCUCUCAAAUAGCUGCCCAAGCUGCUAUGCAACACCAGGCAAGUUCACAUCACUUGCGGAACCGGUCGCAACCAAGCAAGGUACCUCAGGAUAAUGUAGCCAAAAAAGGUUCCAAAGAUCAUUCCCAUCAGGUUUCCCCAGGACACCAGCAAUACUCGAAUGGGGUGGUUGGAGGCCGUGUCCUCGCAGCAACAACUGCUGCGAACGUUGCAUUUCCCCGAACUCCGGGCUUCGCGCCCUCGUCAACGAAUGUCGACCAUGAGAGUGGGCAUAAGCAAAAGGGGGAGAAGUCUAAGAUGAAGAUUUUUUCAAAACCGAAACAUAUUGGCCUAUCAAGAGACAAGGAUGGGGACAAACACAAGUCUACACCAUCCCCAAACAAUCAUCUUCCCCUUCCAGGCCCCAGUGGCUUGUCACGAAUGGUGAAUGCCUCUACGACAAGCCUUAACGAAUCUUCCACUUCUGCCAGCUCCUCGAUGUACAACCUAGCAAAUUCCUCUGCAACUACGGUAGUGCUUGCAGACCGACCAGCCACAGGUGAAAGGGAGAAGGAUAGGGAGAAAGACAAGACACAUAAACAUCACUUUUUAUCACGGCAAAAGCUAAAAUUAAAGGACAAAGAUGACCAUUUCAAUCUACCACUUUCCUCUGCAUCAAGUAAUUCGAAACCUUUAGAUCCUAGCGCUCCUCAGUCACUCUACUCCUUCACUCCUCAAUCUCCGUCGACAGCGUCCUUCGCCAAAUCGAAAAGUGGGCUCGACCUACGACACGGAGGUCGGGCUCUACGAGAGAAAAAGAAGGAAGAAAAAGCCUCUGCCGCCGCUGCUCACGAUAUUGGACAUCGAGACAUGGAUGAUCGGGUGACUAAUGGAGCAGUUGGAGCUAGUUCUUCGUCUGUUCAUAGCGGUCCCAUUUCACUUGGAAACACAGCUCCGAGUGUAUACGGCGGAGAGUCAUCUUUAAAAGAAACUUUGCAAGGGUUCGGGCUUCACAACAUGGCUCCGGAAGAUGCAUGGGACUUUUUAAAGGCGAAGCUUUUGGUCCUAUUCGAAGGAGAAGAUGUUCGCAUUGCUCUAGAGGAUCUAAACAAACUUGUUUCGAUCCAUAUACAACGAUGCGUGCGAAAACAUAUCCCCUCUGUUAUCGUGGAAGAUUUGCGUGACCUGCUACAAAUGGGCUUUAGUUCCUUAAGCCACUCGCUUCAUUCUGUCCCUGACGAACGCGUUGUUCCGCAUCUCGUCCAGAUGUGGCUAUUGGUGUUCGGCGGGGUACUUCCUUUCAUCCAAGCUGUCUUUCUACCUCUAGACCUGGAGUUUAAAGGCCGCGGCUCAAUCAUGACUUCUCGUGAAGCGAAAGAGUUUUGGGGCGCACUACCCAACGGCGAAGCCUCGAAUAGAUCCAUGGGUGAUGAGCUCGAUGUUCGCACCAUCGUCCUCAUCUCCUUCCGCGACAAUGUCAUCCUCCCCCGCUAUGAAAUUUUGAAAGCAACAUUCUCGCGCCUCAGCCUUGAAAGUAUCCAUGUGAAUGUCAGCGCGCUCAGCACGACCCCGAACAGCCGUCCAAGCACCGCAUCAGCACUCGACUCCGGGUUUGGAAGUUACAACUCCCAAUCUUCCACCCUCCUCAACACCACCGCUGGUAGUUUCUCCUCUGACUCCAUCGCCGCCUCCAUGUCCCGCAGUCGCGCUGCAUCCAACACCUCUAACCCCGAAUACGUCACCCCAUCAUCAUUUACAUCCAUGUCCCCACCGCAAAACUCCAUACUCAAUCCAACCCUACAAGCGUUCCCCUCGCGCACUACAUCCAAUUCCGCAGACACAUCUCAUCUCAUCACCGAAACCGUUGGCCGCAUGCUCCAAUGCAUCAGCGUGCUAGCCAGCGUACAGACAGAGGACGACGCGCAGAAGAAGAUAGAAACUCUCAGCAAGGCGCUCAAGCACAACUGGCUUGGCCGGGGACGGACGGGCCGGGACCGUCGAGGUUUUGUGGGUACUAAGAUCCGCCCUGUAGUACCGCGGAAGGAUAGUGACGAUACCUCGACUAGCUUUACCCCUACUGAUAACGAGAGUGACGAUGGUGGCAAGCUAUGAGAUGGGGGGAACUGUGUGCAGUAGACGUUGGGGAAUACCUUUUUUCUUUUUUAUCUUUUUCUGUUUUUUUAUUUCUUUUUCUUCUUUGGUCUCCUUAUGUACGUUCUGCCGGGCAGCGUACGGAUAUCGGAAGCGGAAGGCGCCAUGAAUGAUGGAAAUGACAAUGUGUAUGGAAAUAGCAUCUACGCCUAUUUUGUUUUUGAUUUUUUGCCAUCUGGAUGCCGGGAUGGGGGUUGUUCAAUGAGUGCGGUGCAUGAUUUUUUUCUUCUGGUUGAUUCGACAUUUGCCAUAUAUUAUAUACCCUUUGCCUUGGGCUGCGUGGGUGUUUUUCACAUCUAUUUGGAAUUUUGCAGGUAGUCUUCGACCUCUUCGCUUUUUUUUUUUUUUUUUUUUUUUUUUUUUCCUAACCUUUCUUUUUUUACAAUUUCUACAUUUCUAUUAAUGUGUUUUAUGACAUGAAUACACUAUGUGCUUUUAUUGACAGUUAAUCCGCUGGUUAUUAUCUGACGUGAGCUUUCUUGAGUGUUUGAUCGAGAGGUCUUUUAGCCAUCAUUUGGCCGCUGACCGGUAUAAACACACAGAUCCAUACUUACUCUUAACAGUAGCAAUCGCACAUUCCAUUUUCUUUUUGCCGUCUUUCCUUUCCUUUCCUUUCUUUUCCAAUGACAUAAAAGGCAGAUAAUCGCUUCAUGAGGCAUUUAUAAGGAUUAGUUAGAGCUUAUAUCCCUUCGCGGGGGAGCUAAUCAUGAU